AAAAACAUAUCUUCAGAGACUACAAUGAGAUGACUGUUAGGAAAAUAUGCAGCUAUACUACUAGCACAGGUACGUUUAAGUUUAUAUUCUUUAAGUCAAUAUGAUUUCCAGUUUAACAAUGGAAGAUAGUCUCAAGACAUGCUUUCCUCUUUGAAAUGCUUUUCUCCCAUGUUUCAUAACAUUUUGGCCUAAAUUCCUGCAGCUGAGUUUACCUCUUGGAUUUUGGCCAAUACCAGCUAGAUUUUCCUCCUCAGGACAAUGCUGAGGGCUUAUCAAGAAUAUGACAGUCUAAUCAGACUAAGAGAUCUUAUGGAACAUCCUUGGCUUGUGAGUGACAUCUCGCAACAGCCUUUGGUUUUAGCACCAUUAAACUGUACUACUGACCUAGUUCAUCCUAAAAGCUGACCUUUCAGCCUAGUCUGAAACUAGCCUGGUUCUGAACUCUAUCUUAUUGGAUCACUCUGAAGAAUAUUGGCCCACACCCACUUUGUCUUUCCCUCUCUGUAGAGGAGAGCCUUUGUCCCCUUGUGGGAAAGAUUGGUGUGGUUUUGCUGAACUUUGUAUGUCGUGCUGAAUUCUUUUAUGGGGGAAGAGGUAAAUCUCCUUCCUUCCUUCCUAUUUUUUGUUAUCAAUAGCAGAAGUUUAUCAAACCUUUGUUGUCCAUCUGCUGUGUGUCCUACUUCUCCUUUCCUUUACCUGGCUCUGGAGACCAUUUUUGGCAACUAGCCAAACCACCGGUCUUUUGUUGGUGGUGUAUUUCAAACAGACUGGAUUAAGCAGAAGAAAUACUAUUGCUAGUUAACCAGCUUACUUCUUAUUCAUUAAAUGCUAUGACUAUUGUACCAUUCUGCGCUCUCCCUUCAAAAUAACUCUCUCCCUGCAAAAUAGUUAAAUAGAUGUAGGUUGGUAUUGCUGAUACAUUGUUAAACUGAUGAGUGUUUCCCUCCUGUUUCCCUUCACACAAUACCACAGUUCUGUGUGUAAUACAAGCGUUAAAGUACACUUUUGAAACUAUUGUUUGGGGCAAAACAUACAGCUUUCAUUGUCCCCAAGAGGAAAAAAAAAAAAAAAGGAAAAGGGGGUUCAUAUAAGCAGUGAAGCUUAUGAGAACUGUAUGUCUCAUUUAUAGAUUUCUGUGAAUGUAUUUAAUAUUGCUUUAAGUAGUGUUUUAAUAAGCCUGUAAUAUGACUCUGGAAAUAACGGAAAGCAUUGACUCUGUUUGCAAAUGAAACAAACUAGGAAUUAAGAGUUGAGCACUACAUUUUCACAAAUAACUAAAUCACUACUUAGGGAGUUAAGAUCUGGGACGUAAAGUGAAGUACAUUUUUGAAGUACAUGAUUUCAGCUCACUUUAUCAAGCCUAUAACCUGAGUCAGUGUUAGGGCUCAAGUGGAAUGACUUCAGUUUGACUUAAAAGUUGAUUGAUAAACAAAUAAAUGUGCUGCACAUUCCUUUGAAGUUAUGAAGUAAAUAUUAUCUGAGAAUAUCAUAUCGGUGCUUAAAUUUGCCACUUCUGCAGUGUCAGAUUAUUUAAGACUUAAAAAACAUGCAUAGUACCAAAGUAAGAAAAGUAGAAGAGCAGAGAUAGGGACAGGGCAAUAUCUCUGUAAUCUUCUGGCUUUCCUUGUUCUGCCCAUCUCUCUCACCCCCUUCCCAUCUGAAUUUGAAGAAACUGAGGUUUUGGAUAAUUAUUACAUUUUAGUUUUCUUCACAAAUAGUCAUUUACAGCACAAAUUCAACUACUGAUUUCCUUGUCUUUAGGCCUUUUACUUUCUUUAGAUUUUCAUCUAUAAUCAGAAAAAUACAACCAACCAAAUAAAAAAGGCCACAAACCUCUUCGUUUGUUAAAGGAAGUUAAGUAAUUCAAGUGUUCUGAAUUUUACAUCAGUUCCUUGUAUCUCAGGCAGACAUUUACAACACUUGAAAUGCUGAAGUAGAAUAUUUUGCAUCUUUUCCUCUUCUUUGGUUCACAUUCAAUUUAUGCUUUCGGUAUUUUGGAUGCAAAAUUAAUCAUCCCUUGUUCUGGCAAGGAUGUCAUACUGUCAGGCUACUUUUAUCAUUGCACAAAAUUAAAUGACACAGGAAAGGUCAGCAGAUCUCUCAGGGACGCCUGAAUUCAAACAGUUUGAAGCUACUGGCAGAUUUAACUCUAGCUCAGGAGCAUUCUCUAUUUCAGAUUGUGCAAGUGCUCCUUCAGCUCUCUGUAGGGAAAUGAAACUCCAACCCAUUGUGGGUUUAAAGUUUUGUAGUUGUGUAAGUUUUGCACUGUCCUAACUACUCAAAAUAAAAACUUGUGCCCUUCUAUGUUUUUGAUAUAUGAUGGUGGUAUAAGAGGUCCACCUGCCAAUAUUCUAGUGUAACCCAACAGUUACUAUGGUUUCUGAAGUAAUUUGAAUUUAUUGUGAACUUUAGGGUAAAGCUGUUGUUUGCCACAGCAAAGUUGAGAGACCUAGAUAUGGAGGUAAAGGGGUAAAGUGAAUAAUUAUGUACAUGUAUUCUCUGAAAGAGUUUUCCAUAUCAGGAUGAAGAGAAAUAUUUGCUCAAGGAUCUGCAGAGGUCAAAUAAUGAAUGUAAUUUGUGUUCAUAAACGGUUAAUUGUGACUUAAAAAUACCCGUAUUGACAGGAACUGCAGGAUAAAUGUCACUGGAACUUCUUGUUUUUUUAAUACACCUUAAGAAAUUAAACAAAGCAAAUGCAUUUGGUGGCGCCCUCAGGAAAAGUCCAGUCACUUCCUGAACAGUAAUCUGCCUGGGAGCAGCAGAUAGAUUCUCAUUGUUUGCCAUUUCCAGUUUCCAGUAAUGGGAACGAUUACUUGAUCUGGACAGUUUCAGCUGAAGAUUUGCAAAAACGUACAAAGUUUAAUGGCAAAAAUUUACUAGUUUCCAUAAAACAAAUUUAAAAAAAACUGUUUUGGGGACCUGAUAGCAAAUUAUCUCUGAUGAUGAAUAUUGUUUUAUUUUGGAAUUAAGUGUCUGUUCUUCAGGAACGAGAUGUAUCUUGCUCUUCUGGUGAUUUUCUUGCAGUGUUCAGGAGUUUACACUCAGGAAAGAGUUUUUACCUUCAACAGCGUUGAAAUCAGGGUUGAGCCAUCUGUCAAAGUGAAGAAUGGAGCUCCUAUGUCAAUUAUAUGCCGUGCUGAUAUUAGCAAAAGUGCCAAUUUCCACCUGCAGCAUAAUAUUACAAUUUUUAAGGAUGGCAAGCUUGUAUUCAUGAUUGUAUCAGACAAAGGAGUUGCACGAUAUGAAGUACCCGUGGCUAGAUCUUCAGAUACAGGAGACUAUGAAUGUACUGUGAAAGCAGAUGGAAAGACAAAAUCUAGUAACUCAUUACAUGUUUGGGUAACAGGAAUGACCAAACCAAUCCUGACUGCUGAGAAAAGAGAAGUUUUAGAGGGUGAAGUUGUAAAAUUACGUUGUGAGCUGCCAGAAGAAGUACCUCCUUUACAUUUCUUUUUCCGGAAGAUAAAGAUGAAUUCAACUCCUAAAGAAAAACAUGUAUUUGAGGCAUACAGGAAUUUUUCUGUAGUGGAAUUUUCUGUUGAAGAGGGGGAUAAUAUUUUGCAAUUUGACUGUUUUGGUAAGAGAAAUGUAAAACUUGAACUUGAAAGUUCAGAACCCAGCAACAGAACACUUGUUACUGUCAAGGAACCAUUUAUAAAGCCUUCUCUGAUCAUCAAGUCCUCAAGUAAUAUUACAGAAGGAGACAGAAUAGAGUUUGAAUGCUCAACUGUAGUAGCUCGAAUGCGUGACAUUGAAAUCAUACUUCAGAAAAACAAAACAAUACUGAAUAGUGUACGAGAUGAGAAACUUUUGAAAUAUUCUGCAGUUGCUACCCUAGAGGACAGUGGUGAAUACCUGUGUAAGGUGGAGCAAGGGAGAGCAUCUAAAACCACCAAACUGAAUGUUGUUGUGGCAGAGCUAUUCCCCAAGCCAAUAUUGUCUGCUUCUAUGAGCAAGCUCGAUGAAAAUAAAGAAUUAACUUUGAGUUGCAGCAUUAGUGGCUUUCGAAAAGCUAACUUCUCUAUAUUACGGAGAAAUUCAAAUGGAGAUAUCUGGUUGAAAAAUUCUAGAAACUUAACAAUGAGAGUUAAUGUGAAUGAUACUGGAUCCUAUAUCUGUAAGGCUGAAGUCAAAGGAAUAGUCAAGGAGAGCAAACCUGUAAGGAUAAGUGUUUAUGCUCCAGUCUCCAAGCCAACUCUUUCUGUUGUCAGUGGUUUACCGGAGGUGGUGCUGGGGAAACCUCUACGGUUAAUCUGUCGUUUAAUGACGGGAACGCCGCCAAUAACAUUCACAUUCUACAAAGGAAAUGAAGUUAAGAAAGUGGUAAUUAAUGACACAUAUGCUACAUUCUUGGAUGAAAAUAUUAGACAAAAUGACAAAAGAGGAUACAAAUGUGAUGCUAGAAAUAAUCACUCUAGCGGCAUGAAAACUAGUAAUAUUCUCAACAUCACAGUAAUAGUACCAAUCAGGAAUGCCAGCUUGGGCAGUAUUCCAUAUGGGGAAGUGGAAGAUGGCAGUGGGACUGCUUUUCUCUGCUCUGUGGAAGAAGGAUCUUGGCCAAUCCACUUCAGGAUUUUUAAAAAAACUGAUCACGAUACUCUUUUAUAUGAAAAAACUGAAAGCACAGACAGAAUCGUGUGGCACAAGGAAACAAUGAGCAGACAGGAUACAGGGACAUAUUACUGCAUGGUUUCUAAUCGAGCUAAGGUGAAUGUGAAAAGCCAUCCAAUAACCAUCAAUGUCAUCUUAGCGUCUUGGCAGAAAGGAGUCAUUGCUGCAUUUGUCCUAAUACUUAUCGCAGGAGCAAUAACUCUCACUGUAUGGUGGUUUUUAUGUAAGAAGAAAAAGGCUAAAGGAUCAUCCAUGGAGAUGUCUCGAUCUGCCUUGGCUACAAACUCAACAAAUGAAAAACUGGCAAGACAGCACAAUGAUGGAGACUACUAUUCUGGAUCAGGUUACAUUGAAGAUGGUGAAAAUCACAUGAAAUCAACAGAUGAAAAUAAAGGACCUGACCUUGAGAGUGCUGAGGUGGAGUACACUGAAGUUGAAGUAUCAACGCUUGAUCCUCACAGAGCUCCUGUACAGAAGGGGACUGAAACAGUUUAUAGUGAAAUCAGAAAAGCUAAUAAUGAUUCUAUGGAGAACAGGCAUUCUAGAAUACAAGGGCAUCCUGAUGCUACCUAGAAUACUCAUCUCAAACAUCAUCUGGGAGAAGAAAACAAGCCGAGAUGGAAGAUGUUGCAACUGUUUCAAAAGCUCUGCAGCACUUACUUAUGAGUUUGCCAGGCUCUUCUUUUCAAAGUUUAUUUCCUCAGGGGGAACAAUAGAGAUAUUCCUAAAGCAUUUAAUGGAAAAAAUUGAAAAAAAAAAUCUCAUAGGGAAGUGGCUCUGGAAACCACUGACCUAGGUUCCCAUCUUUAAUUUCCCCUGCUAAUGCAAUUUUGUCUUUCUAGCCUCCCAAUUCAUCAUGCUCUGAGGAAAUAAAAGGGGAAACUACGGCUGAGAAAGUACAUUUCUGCAGUGCAGUAACUACUGUGAUGCUAAUAGAAUGUAGAAAUAUCUAAGCUUGCUUUAAACUAGCUAACUUGGUAAUCAGUAACAGUACUGUGGCAGAACAGAGCUCAGCACAGCCUGCCCAGCCAUGUAUGUACUUCGACAUGAUCUUGCAUCUUGCGCUGAACUCCCUGUGCUGCAGCAGCUGGACUGCUACCAGUCUUGGAGCCAGCUAAUUUAUAGCUCACUUGGAUGCUACACUGCAAUUAGGGCCUAACAGAAGAGUGAGCUCUGGGCUCUCUAAAAACUUGAAUAACUGUUCAGAGAUUCAGUACUUUACCAAGUGCUUCUCUCAGUAGAGACACAAAUAUUCUUUAUUCUUUGCUAAACUGCUUUUUCCCUCUAAAAGUUCUGAUGUUGUUGGUUAGUUUGCUGUGAUGGUUCUUCAAGGAAUGAUUGCUAAUCACACUUAUUUUGGAUGAUGCAAAAUAAACAUCUUGAGUGGGUGGAUACUACACCGAUGUCGGUGAGUUUGUAUCUGAAAGUUAUGUAUAAUGCUUAUUCCUGGGAUUUUAGGAGAGAUCUGAAGUUAUACUUGUGCCCAGCUUGUCCAGUAUGGAACUCCAUACCUAUUCCUCUUCUCUGUAGUAUGAUAAAUGAUUAUCAUGGAUCCAGUUCUGGACCUGGAUCUAAUCUCUGAAGCCCAUGUUUUUUUCAGUUGCAUUAGUUUAACAGAAAAACAAAAAGUACUGUCCUUUAACAUCCUUUAACAAGCUGGUCUCUGACACUGCAAUUGCUCUCCUUUUCUUACUACAGAUUAAAUUACUACAAGAUCUGGGCCACAGGUAAGAAGGUUCUCAUUUUCAUUAGAAAACAGUGAAAGAGAGGACAUGGAUGUGUAUAUACAUAUAUAGUUACUGCUUUAAGCAUUGCGUCAAAGGCGCAAAACCAGCAAGAAAUACAAAAAGGUUUUAUAUCUUCGUUCCAAACUUUAAAAUUUUCAAGCUCCAGUUACUGGCUAGUAUUUCUAAUUUAUUGUUCCCUAUGCAAAUGUUUUUUGUAUCAUAAGCCUUUCACAAAUGACUGACUUCAUAUCACUCUUCUGUAGAAAAAUGUUCAUUCUAGCAUCCCACAAGUGUCCAUACAAAUGUGUUACUAUGGGGAAUGUGAAAAGGUGUUUUAAUAAAGAAAACUCUGAACUGAA